AUGGUUGCGUCUGUUGACCGUCUGGAGGCAGACUAUCGGGGAGUCAACAUCAAGGAGUAUGAAGAUAAACACGCUGAUGAGAUAAAUGUGAUACGAAAAACCAUCCAGGAAGUAAAAGGCCUGCACGGGAAGAUGGAGAAGAUUUUUGGAAAGCCAGGUAUGGAGUUUGAAAAUACUUUGGACAUGCCACAGGGAUUGGGGGACUACGGGGAAUCAAUACGGGAGCUUUUGAACAUCCUCAUGAAGUUCUCGAGAUAUCCAGAGCCGAUCCAUCAUCUGCAGAUAGCUCAGAAGAAUUGCAUACUCGAAACCAUCAAUUACAUCCGCAGAUACAAACUUGCUACCGCUGAGGAUUUGGAGAGACUCCAGAGGGAAUUUUCUAGCGAGGCGGGGUUGGAGUGGAUCUCCAACGCAAUCGUUUCGGUCUUUAGGACAGAGACAGAGAUCUGGAAUACGCAUCUUCAUUUGCCGUUGGAUGAAGAAAAACUGAAGCACUCUCUUCAUAUGGUGCCCAUUUACGAUGUAUACAAAGGUCUUGGGAAGAGCCAGCAAGAUUUUGUGCUGUUUGGUCUGCUCAUUGAGGAGCACGGAGUCCAAACGAUUGACGAGUUUUGGAAGGAAAGCCCGGCCACAAGGCCGUUCCCCAAGGCCACGAUGGAGCAGAUUCCCUUGCUGCUCAAGAUGCGGAAAUACCUUGCGAGGCAAUUGCACACUGGCCGUGCGGACAAGGCCGCACGCGACGCCUUCUUUUAUGAGGCCAGAGAUGAUUUGAUGCGGAUGAUGGCGCUCUACUUCCGCCCGGGCUACGUUGACGAGCACUACUCGAGGGACGAGUUUCUUUCCAUCUUCAGUCUCAGAACGUCGACCCUGAAGUUCAUCACCGAGAGGAUCGGCUCCGAUUACGUGCGAAGGAUUGGGAGGAAGGAAUCCGACGAGGGUUCUGCUGGCUUUGGAGUCAGGUACCAGUGGCACCAGCUUUUCCAUGACAGUAUUCGGUGGAAAGAGAUGCUGCUGUAUCUUGUCGAGCAUGCAUCCAAGUUUAUGGGCAAAGACCACGAAGUGUCGGCUGAUGUCCUCGGAGACAUAGGGACAGUGUAUUUGAACAAGAUUAGGGGGAAUUUCGAGGCUCAUAAGGCAUUGAUCAGUGGGCUAGACCGCAAGAAGUUAGACGAAAUGAUGAAUCUGAAUUUUUACAAAAGUAUGAUUCAUAACCAUCAACAUGUUAUUGAAAGCUUGCCCCAGCUAGAAAGAAACUUGAAGGCCUUGGGCAUUCAUCCCAAAGAGGCCGGGGGUAAUUUGUGA